ACUUCUGAAUGGUUUGAGGCUGGGAUUUAGUGCAUUUAAAUGUACUCGAUGAACACAUUCAUUGCACGGAGAGCAUUCACUCAGUAUCGUUAUCUAAUCUCAUUCUUGACCAAGAUGGCUUUUAGAGGCUUUCGCAUUUGAACUCUUCAUAUGUAUUCCCAUUGCAUUUUGAGUUGAACUUCGAUUUAUAAAGUGGGAUGUUUUAUAAUUCAUUAUAGUCAAAACCGUUACACGCACGUCUUUAUAAGCGAGGCUGUGGAGGUGGCAGGGGGCAUCUCAAUGGACAGGAUGUGUUGAGUAGUGCUCCAGCACACACAGAGCAGGACUGUGUGCUUCUCCCCCCUCACCAGAGCCUCAGGGCUGCAUAAGGCCGUCUGUGUGCGCUGUACAAGCCACCUCCGGCCAGCCUUCUCAAUCACACCCAAACCUUCUGUUUGCCAACUCAUGUUUGCAUUGAUGUAAAUCUAUUAAAUUUAAACUCCCGGCUCCCUUUUUAAUGACCUUGAGGCAUUUUUCCCUAAUCACUGUGUUUUUACCAGCUGUCGGUGUGCAAAUAGUUAUUUUCCUUUGUGAAAGCAAAACUGCAAAAUAUAGGAUUACAACACCAUAUCACAUCCUCCUUCUAUCCGGCUGUGUGUCGGUGGGAGUGGCUCUUGUGGGCCUCUUCGCUCUAUAUUCAAGUCUGAGGCAUGCUUUCUCAGUACCUGCACUGAAAGGAUACUGUAUCUGCUGAAAAAAAAGACUGUAAUCUCUGCGAUGACACCGCUGUGAUGGUUUUAACUGGGACUAAACAGGGAAUCUCGUCCCUGUCCCCCGUCUCUGUAUCAGCGGAGGUUUCCGGUAUUUCCAUGUCGUCCACCUCCUCACGACUGAAGUAUGUUUCUCUGGGGGUGCUGGUGCUGCAGACCACCUCUCUGGUGCUGACGAUGCGUUACUCUCGAACGCUGCAGUCUGACGGGCCGCGCUACCUGGCGUCGUCUGCCGUGGUGUGCGCCGAAGUCCUGAAGAUCGCUGUAUGCAUGCUGCUGGUCUUCAGAGAACACAGUUUCAGUGUCCGUGCACUGAAUCGGGUGUUGAAGGAGGAAGUGAUCAACAAGCCUCUCCUAACGCUGAAGUUGGCCAUUCCUUCAGGUAUCUACACCCUGCAGAACAACCUGCUUUAUGUGGCUCUGUCAAAUCUAGAUGCAGCUACGUACCAGGUUACAUAUCAGCUGAAAAUUCUCACUACAGCCCUGUUCUCUGUGUCCAUGCUGGGCAAAAGGCUUGGUAUUUACCAGUGGCUCUCGCUGGUCAUUCUGAUGACUGGAAUUGCACUUGUCCAGUGGCCAACUGAAGUUACCCCGAGCACCAAGCAGGAGGAUCUGACGGCCGGCUCUCAGUUGAUGGGUCUUCUCGCUGUGCUUGUGGCCUGCUUCUCCAGCGGAUUUGCUGGCGUGUAUUUCGAAAAGAUCCUCAAAGAAAGCAAGCAGAGCGUCUGGAUCCGUAACAUCCAGCUAGGUUUAUUUGGGCUGGUUUUUGGGCUCGGGGGAGUGUUUGCGUACGACGGAGAGCGAGUGCAGGAGAAUGGACUCUUUCAAGGGUACAAUGGUUUGACGUGGACUGUGGUGGCUCUCCAGGCUUUGGGUGGGUUAGUCAUUGCAGCUGUCAUCAAAUAUGCAGAUAACAUCCUGAAAGGCUUUGCCACGUCCAUCUCAAUCAUUCUCUCCACCCUCAUCUCUUAUUUCUUGUUGGAAGAUUUUGACCCCACAAGCGUGUUUUUCCUGGGUGCGAUGCUGGUUAUCGCUGCUACAUUUCUCUACGGGUAUGAGAGCACACCUGCCGUCAGCUCUAGUAAAGUCUAGAAGACCGGACUCAAGAUGAUAAACAGUCAUCAGGAGAUGCUCUACUUCAGCUGAAGUUCAAGGCUAGAGAACCGGUGAUGCUGUAAGGAUGCUAUUAGAAGGUAGCGCAAAAAAACCCCCCAAACAUUCAACCGUCCUAAACCUGAGUUAUAUCAUUUCAUGAAAUCAACAAGCUAACAGUAGUAAUGAAACUCAAAAACGUCUUCUGAUGCGUUCUGUGGCAGGACUGUUUGUCACACUCACCUGAAGACUUUAAGGACUUCAUUUGAAAUGUGUUUACAUAUAAUAAGAAACUCUGAAACAGAGCCUCACAGAUUCAACAUUUUAGACUUUUAUAUUUAUUUUCUGUGCCAUACGGGGGCAUAUCGAGAAGGAGAUUGUUUUACUUGAAUGUAUCCUUCGAGAAACGCAAUUUUUCUCGAGGCCAAUAAAAAGUGUUUCUCAAAUGUCUUCCUGUCAAAUUCUGAUAAUAAAAACAAGUUGAAUCUGAAACUGAA